AUGACUAAUGCUCCUUUGUAUACUUUGGCCGAAGGCCGCCCUGUAGCUGAUCCAGCUUCGGCCCAACACUUCGGCGGGCAGGGAAUCAAAGGGCUUGUAUUGCUGCAAGAUACGCAGCUAAUUGAAACCCUAGCCCACUUCUCCCGCGAGAGAAUCCCAGAACGAGUGGUCCACGCUAGCGCUGUUGGCGCUUUUGGCGAAUUCGAAGUCACCCACGACGUGACUGAUAUCACCUCGGCUGCAUUCCUUAGCAAAAUUGGCAAGAAGUCCAAAUGCCUCCUGCGCGUAUCGACAGUUGGGCCUGAGGCGGGAGGAGCAGACACGGUCCGAGAUGUUCGAGGAUGGGGGAUGAAAAUCUACACUGAAGAGGGGAACCAGGACUUCGUGUUCAAUGAUAUUCCGGUGUUCUUCAUCCGAGACCCCAUCAAGUUCCCGUCGGUCAACCGCUCGCACAAGCGACAUCCCCGAACCCACCUUGGCGACUGGUCUAUGUUCUGGGAUUUUCAUAACACGAAUCAAGAGGGAAUACAUGCGCUUAUGAUCCUUUUCAGCGAUCGUGGAACCCCCGCUUCGAUACGCAAUAUAAACUCAUACAGCGGUCAUACCUACAAGCUAGUCAAGGACGACGGAUCUUUCAAAUACGUCAAGUUCCACUUCAAGACGAAUCAGGGCAUCAAGAACCUAACGAGGUCCGAAGCUACGAAGCUAGCCGGCGAGAACCCAGACGCGCAUCUUCAAGACCUCCACGACUCCAUCGAACACGGCGAUUUUCCGUCAUGGACCCUCUACGUGCAAGUCAUGGACCCAGCGGACGCGGAGACAUACCGCUGGAACAUUUUCGACAUGACGAAGGUCUGGCCACAGAAGGACUACCCACUCCGACCAGUAGGAAAGUUGACGCUCAACGAAAACCCAUCCAACUACUUCCGCGACAUCGAGCAGGCCGCCUUCUCGCCUUCGAAUAUGGUCCCCGGAAUAGCACCAUCUGCAGACCCAAUGCUCCAAGCCCGCAUGUUCGCCUACCCAGACGCCGCCCGCUACCGCCUUGGCGUGAACUACCAAACCCUCCCUCCCAACGCUGCCAAAUCCCCCGUCUAUUCCCCUUACCAGCGCGACGGCGCCAUGGUCUUCGGCUCCAACUACGGCGGCGACCCGAACUACGUCCGCUCUACACAGAAAGAGGUCGCGUUCCGCAAGACGGCUACGAUCGCUAAGGGCAAUCCGCACGAGAAGUGGGUGGGCGAGGUGAGCGACUUCUCGAGCGAGGUCACGGAUGAGGACUUUGUGCAGGCGAGGGACCUUUGGAAGGUGUUAGGGAGACAGGAGGGACAGCAGGAGAAUCUUGUGGGGAAUGUCGCGGCGACGUUAAGUCAGGCUGUUCCGGAGGUGCAGAAGGAGACUUUUGCUAUGUUUAGGCGGGUAGAUGAGGAGCUUGGGAGGAAGAUUGAGGCGGCUACCUGA